AUGGCGACGGCGGUUCGGAUGAACAUCCAGAUGCUGCUGGAGGCGGCUGACUUCCUGGAGCGGCGGGAGAGAGAAGCUGAACACGGGUAUGCCUCCAUGUUACCAUACAAUAACAAGGACAGAGAAGCCUUAAAACGGAGGAACAAAUCCAAGAAGAACAACAGCAGCAGCAGAUCAACUCACAAUGAGAUGGAGAAGAACCGACGGGCCCAUCUUCGUUUGUGCCUGGAGAAGUUGAAGGGGUUAGUGCCACUCGGGCCUGAAUCCAAUCGGCACACUACGUUGAGUUUAUUAACAAAAGCCAAGUUGCACAUAAAGAAACUUGAAGACUGUGACAGGAAAGCCAUUCACCAAAUAGACCAGCUUCAGCGAGAGCAGCGGCACCUGAAGAGGCAGCUGGAGAAGCUGGGCAUCGAGAGGAUACGGAUGGACAGCAUCGGCUCCACGGUCUCCUCCGAGCGCUCCGACUCCGACAGGGAAGAAAUCGAUGUGGAUGUGGAAAGCACAGACGAUCUCACGGGCGAGUUGGACUGGAGCAGCAGCGGCGUGAGUGAUUCUGACGAGCGGGGAAGCAUGCAGAGCCUGGGCAGUGACGAGGGCUACUCCAGCGCCACCGUCAAGAGAAUAAAGCAGCAGGACAAUCGCAAGACGUGCCUCGGCCUCUGA